GCGGCAGCCGAGGCUGAGGGGCGUUAGCCGCACCGAGGGGCCGGCGGAGCAGGCGGGGCAGGCGGCGCCGGCGGGUGCAGUCGGGGUAGCAGGGCCGCGGCCAUGGGGGGCUUGAAGGAUGAGCUGCUCAAGGCCAUCUGGCACGCCUUCACCGCGCUCGACCUGGACCACAGCGGCAAGGUCUCCAAGUCCCAGCUCAAGGUCCUUUCCCAUAAUCUGUGCACGGUGCUGAAGGUUCCACAUGACCCCGUUGCCCUUGAAGAGCACUUCAGGGAUGAUGAUGAGGGACCUGUCUCCAAUCAGGGCUACAUGCCAUAUUUAAACAAGUUCAUUUUGGAAAAGGUCCAAGACAACUUUGACAAGAUUGAAUUCAAUAGGAUGUGUUGGACGCUGUGUGUCAAAAAAAACCUGACAAAGAGUCCCCUGCUCAUUAUGGAAGAAGAUGCAUUUAAAGUAUGGGUUAUUUUCAACUUUUUAUCUGAGGACAAGUAUCCAUUAAUUAUUGUACCAGAAGAGAUUGAAUACCUGCUUAAGAAACUUACAGAAGCUAUGGGAGGAGGUUGGCAGCAAGAACAAUUUGAACAUUAUAAAAUCAACUUUGAUGACAGUAAAGAUGGCCUUUCUGUGUGGGAACUUAUUGAGCUUAUUGGAAAUGGACAGUUUAGCAAAGGCAUGGAUCGGCAGACAGUAUCUAUGGCAAUUAAUGAAGUCUUUAAUGAGCUUAUAUUAGAUGUGUUGAAACAGGGUUACAUGAUGAAAAAAGGCCAUAGACGGAAAAACUGGACUGAACGCUGGUUUGUACUAAAACCCAACAUAAUUUCUUAUUAUGUGGGUGAGGAUCUGAAAGAUAAGAAAGGAGACAUUCUCUUGGAUGAAAAUUGCUGCGUAGAGUCUUUGCCUGACAAAGAUGGAAAGAAAUGCCUUUUUCUCAUAAAAUGUUUGGAUAAGACCUUUGAAAUCAGUGCUUCAGAUAAGAAGAAGAAACAGGAAUGGAUUCAGGCAAUUCAUUCUACUAUCCACCUGUUGAAGCUGGGAAGCCCCCCACCACACAAAGAAGCCCGCCAGCGUCGGAAAGAACUCCGGAAGAAGAUGCUGGCUGAGCAGGAGGAGCUGGAGCGACAGAUGAAGGAGCUCCAGGCUGCUAAUGAAAACAAACAGCAGGAGUUGGAGACUGUGCGGAAGAAACUGGAAGAAGCAGCAUCUCGUGCAGCAGAAGAGGAAAAGAAACGCCUUCAGACUCAAGUGGAACUACAAGCCAGGUUCAGCACAGAGCUAGAGCGAGAGAAACUCAUCAGACAGCAGAUGGAAGAACAGGUUGCCCAAAAGUCCUCUGAACUGGAACAGUAUUUGCAGCGAGUACGGGAGCUGGAAGACAUGUACCUGAAGCUGCAGGAGGCUCUUGAGGAUGAGAGACAGGCCCGGCAGGAUGAAGAGACGGUGCGGAAGCUUCAGGCCAGGUUGUUGGAGGAAGAGUCUUCUAAGAGGGCUGAACUAGAAAAGUGGCACUUGGAGCAGCAACAGGCCAUUCAGACCACUGAAGCAGAGAAGCAGGAGUUGGAGAAUCAGCGCAUCAUGAAGGAGCAGGCCCUUCAGGAAGCGAUGGAACAGCUGGAGCAGCUCGAGUUAGAGCGGAAACAAGCACUUGAGCAGUAUGAGGAAGUUAAAAAGAAACUGGAGAUGGCAACUAAUAUGACCAAGAGCUGGAAGGACAAAGUGGCCCAUCAUGAGGGAUUAAUUCGAUUAAUAGAACCAGGUUCAAAGAACCCUCACCUGAUCACUAACUGGGGGCCUGCAGCUUUCACUGAGGCAGAACUUGAAGAGAGAGAGAAGAACUGGAAAGGAAAAAAAAACACGGAAUGACCGAAUGUGGCAGAAGCCGUGUCAGUUAUGUAGAUACUGAGUGUGGCUGGCGAGCUUUAUGCUAAAGACAAAAGAAACUGGCUUUGCUGCUUCUAAAUCUUCUUCCUUCAGGGUCAAAAUUGACCUAUUAGGGUCAAUUUUCUAAGGAAGCCUUCUUUAUGCUUUUGCAAGUAAGGGCUUCCCUGAAAAGAGAAAAAAAAGUCAAUAUUGUCAAGCCCUUUAUUUACUCUUUCUUUGAAAACUCCAGCUUCUGAAAAUUACCUUUUAGCUCUCUCAGAUUCUUUUCUGGAUGAGGCAGCAUAGAGACAGCCCAGUCAGCUCCGUCAUCUGCAGUGUUUGGAGGGCAGUGAGGUAUAGGUGCUCGGGAUCACUGGUAAUCAGAACCUCUUUGGACUGGUGUCAGCUCUUCCCUUUGGCAGCAUGUUUCCUUCUCCAAGUAUGUGUUUUUUAACUAGAUUGGCCAGCCUGCUUGCCAUUCCAUGCCCCUUGACUCUGAAGGAGAAGUCAUGGAGUCACUGCCAUUUUCUGGUUGUCCUUCUGGAAUGUGAUCUGGUUAGUGGAGGUUUUCCAGCUCCCUUGGCUCAUGCUCUUCAACCUGAUUCUUUCUUGCACACUCGCUCACUCUCUAGCAAAUGAUGUGCUACCAAGUAUAUGCCAGGCUGUGAAAGGAUUAUGUUGAGUCAUAGAAAGAAGCUAGUUUGAAAUAAAAAUUGGAAAAUUUAUAAAGCAGAUUAUAUUCACAUGGGCAAUGAGAAAUUGACUGUAUGUCUGCUAGUUAGAUUCAAAAUGUCAUAAAGAUGAUGGCAUGUCAUUAUAUUAGCCAAGCUAUGAUGUUAGCCUUUGUUAGGUGGCAGAAUUUCUGCUUUUCUCCUUUCUCCAUGGGUGACAGUGGAGAGAAUGUGCAGUAAAAAUAACAGAGAAAUUAGAAUCAUAGUUUCUAUGCAUCUGAUUUGAAAGAGGUAUUGAGGAAGGUUUUCAUACAUGAUCUAUCUUUGGAUUGAGAAUAAUAUUUAUGAAAUUAAGCCUUCCAACGCUGGUUAUAAUGAUAAGCAGCAGUAACUCUGUGGACAGCAAUGAUGCUUAAAAUUGUAAAUAAAUAUGAGGAUAAUUCAGUUGCAAAAAAGGCAGAAUUCAGUGGAAUGGUUAAAGUGCUCUCUCUACAAGUAUUCAGUAAGAACAGAGAACCUCAUGCAUUCUUACUCUAGUGCUUGCAUAAAAGUAGUAAGGAAGCUUUUCCAAAAAGAUAUACACAUCUAGAGUGUAUGAUUUUAGAGAUUUUAAUGUAUGUAUUUAUUUACAGGAGAGGAAACUGGAAUAUAAUCCCAUAAAUUAUCACUUUUUAUGACUGGAAAAUAUUUGCCAGUGAAAUGGUCUUUUGAAAUUUGUCUUAAGGAUUUUGGCUGUUUAAUAAAAAUGUGCCUUUAUUUAAUAAUCUCUCAUAGUUGUCUUUAUAAAGUUUUGAUUAUUAUCUAAAGUAUAUUUGUAUCAUGUGCCUUUGAAAUUUAACAGCUAAUUGGGGUGUUGAUUUCUGCCCAGCCACUUACCAAUAUUGUCAUUUUUAUUCAGUAGCUGGCAGGUAUAUUAGACCAAGGAGACCUAGCGGAGGGAUGGACCCUCUCCUGUGGUUUGAUUACACAUCACACCAGGGGACUCCAGUAUCCCUUAUAAAGAAUGAGGAAAAGAUACUUGACAAAGAAGCUAAUGACGGAUGUGAAAUCUCUGGUGUGGAAACAGUGUGGGCUUGGGAGUCAAAUAGCCCAUGCAUGGGGUGGGUGCUGAUGGAAUAAGUCUAUUUCUACUUCGGGGAACUGGUGAAAUAGGCCACACACUUUUGCAGAAUGUCCUCCUUAAACCUGGCUGGUGCCACAGCUGCAGUGAAAACACGACGUGGGGCUUAGAUGCUCUAGCCCUGCUCCCCACCAGCCCCUCACUGUCUGGCCCAGGGCAGUGCACCCGAGGACGGCCUGCUUUCUGCUCACAUGUGGAACUUGACUAUCCCAAGCAAUUAUGUAUGUGGUUGUGCUGAAGGUUUCUAUUUAAUGCAUAGUAUUACUGAUUUGCAUCUUUGCUUUAGUGGCACUAUCUCCAGCAGGCAAAAGUCCUUUUAAACAGUGCUUUGGCUGAGAGAGAUUCUUAUGAGUCAAAGACAGCACAAAAUGAACUAAGUAAAUUCCAUUUGGAAUAUUUUAAUAUUAACUGAAUUCCUCUUAAUAUGUAAACCGGUUUCAACUGUCAAAGUGCUGACAGAUCCCUUGGUUUACUUUUGUAAUUAGUGUACGAGAAAUUUCAGGAGUGUUGGAGUGCUUGUCAUAACCAAGCCUUUUCCUUAAUAAGUAGGUAUAUGAUCAUUUACAGGAAUUAUGCAUGAAAAAAAGUUUUAAAAAUGUAUUUUUGUGAUGUGCUAUGUUGAGAGGGAGCCAAAUAUAAUUUCCAGACAUACUUCUUAUCUAAACAUUGUACAAUGUAAUA